AGGUUCUUGACUUCCUAUUUCUGUUCUGUACUCGUACGCCCAUGAGGCAAAGACUGUGUGAUACAGACACACAACAUCACAGAUAUUCAUCAGACCCUGCCCGGCACAGUGAAAAAGAUCACAUCAGCGUGAAGCAACUAACCAAGUCAAAGCUCAACAGACGUGCGCCCUCAAAGAUGGUUGUCUGUCCUGUCAGCACAACUCCAAAUAUCAGCAUGUAUCAACCAUCAAACAAAACAGAAAAUAUGAGCUCUUUGAGCAUAUUCACCAUCACCCUCCACGGCUUGUUCUCCUCCAUCGGCAUCCUAGAAAACCUCCUCAUCGUGGGGGUAGUGGGCUUCCAUGUCCGCCGCUCGGUCAUUAGCAUCUGGAUCCUGAACCUCGCAGCCUCAGACCUGUUGGCCACGGGCUCCCUGCCCUUCUUCACCCUCUACAUGGCCCGCGGAAAUACCUGGACGUUGGGCACAACCUUCUGCCGCAUCCACUCCUCCAUCUUCUUUCUCAACAUGUUUGUGAGUGGCUUCCUGCUAGCGGCCAUUUCUAUGGACCGCUGCCUGGUGGUGCUGAGACCCGUCUGGGCACAGAACUACAGGAACGUCCAACUAGUGGGGAGGAUAUGUGGGGUGAUCUGGGCCUUGGCUGUGGUCUUCACCAUCCCCUUCUACAUAUUCCGUGACACCAUUCAUCUACCUAACGGCAAGAUCCUGUGUUACUACAAUUAUGCUCGACUCCUCCCUGCUGGACUAUCUGACCUGAAAUCGUUAUGCAAGCAGCGCAAAGUGGCCUUAGCCUUCUUGAAACUCUUUGUGUCCUUCAUAAUCCCUCUACUGAUUAUCAUUCUCAGCUAUGCCGCCGUCAACGCUGGCUUGGCACGCAGAGGCAAUCGGCGCCCUUUCCGUUUUGUUCGGCUCGUAGUGGCCGUGGUGGUGAGUUUCGCUCUCUGCUGGGCUCCAUACCACUUGUUCCUCAUCAUAGAGGUGAUGGCUCCCAAGGGGCAUCGUGCCAGCGAUUUUGCAAGCAAGGUUCUCCCGAUCGCAGCAACCAUUGGCUUCCUAAACAGUGUCCUUAACCCCAUUCUGUACGUGUUCAGCUGCCCGGACUUGUGCAAGAAGAUCAGACACUCUCUGGGUGCAGUGAUGGAGAGUGUCCUGGCUGAGGAUCUGGCAGAGUUUACCCGACGCCGCAGCACCGCGCAAAACUCUCUCUCAACCACCGAGAUGUCGUUGAAGCGGAAGAAUACAAUAACAACCUUUAGUCUGAAAGGAGAGGACCGGGAGAACACUGAAAGUCUUGCUAACACUGAUGAGGAUUGAAUGGAACGAAAACUUACUGAAAUAAUGGCCAGGCUUUUGUUUGCUUCUUGGCCUAGUAUUAGUGCGUUUUAAAGAAGCCAUCAUGACAAAUAAUGAAUUACUCUUGUGUUCAUCCACCCAAUGACAUGUCCACAGGGCUACUCUAAAAAGGCUCUAUUGAUGGUGAUUAAAGUUAUGCAGGUAUGGUUGUGGUUAACUGUAACAUCUUUAAUCACAUGUUAUUGAUGAAAAGGUCCCCUCAAAUAGGAUUUGUGGUAAUUUAAUGUCCCAAAAUCUCUUCAAAAUGUUUUCUUUUUUAAGUGAUACAACUAUAUUGCUCAUGGGAUUAUAACCAAAAGUGCUAAACAAGUUAUUUGGCUUUUUAUUUGCAUAUUGUACUCAAAUCCAACAAAUGAAUGGUCACUGCUUUAAAAAAUGUGUAGAAUUCUACAGGAUAUCCUUAUUUUUACUUUUAUGCUUAGUUGAAGUCUGCAUUUUUUACAGGACCCAUGAAUGACUGCUUCUUUUAUUUUUUUGAUUUUUGACAUCAAGUCAAUCCACUUACUUUUGCCAUUUCUGCUUUUUUUAGACAAUUAUAAAUUUUAAUUUUUGUAAUAAUUUUAAUUUUUAAAACGGCUAAAUGUAUGAAUUUUAUGAUAUUUCUAAAUAAUACCAAACAUAUUAAACACCCAGCUGUGUCUUUUGCAUCCUUUAGCCACUGUCAAGCUUGUCUUCCUAUGAUUCAAUUCAUUUUAUUUAGUAUAGCCCAAAAUCACAAAUUACAAAUUGGCCUCAGAGGGCUUUACAGUCUGUACACAUGCGACAUCUUCUGUCCCGAAACCCUCAGAUCGUCAGAGGGGGGAUCCCUCUCCAGGGAUGGACAGAGUACAAUGAAUGCCAUGUGUACAGAAUGAACAACGUAAAAGAUCUGCAAUACAUUCAAUUCCUAUAACAGAGAUGAUUCAAACUGUUGCGAGUAGUAAGCCAGGUGUACGGCAGGACCACUGCAGGGGCAACCACCAUCAGAUACAACAACGUCUUAGCAACUAUUUGAUUGAAGGAAACAUUGCUAGACCGGUUGAGGGGUGUGCGUAUUUAACAACACCUCAUGCAGAUAACAGAUAAUUCGCCGCUUGUACUGAAAAAUAUCAUGACACAAAGAACUUAGUACAGCUAGAGCUGUGAAACGUUUGAUGGCAACAGGAAGUGAGGCAACACGCUUGCCGUGAUAAGCAUCUUCAAAGAUUCACACUAUUUUUAGACUGACUUAUAGUGAACACAUGACUAAACAUUUUUACAUGUUUUAAUCAUAACUUUACGGUAAAAUUACAUAAUUUCAAUGUCAAUUGAUUGAAACGUUUCCAUACACAAGACAGAAGUCCAAUUUAGUGAAUAGAGGGAUCUUCUUUUGGCUGAAUAAUCUGAAGUUAUGUCGGGCAUGCAUAUGACUAAAUAGUUAACUUUUUGCGCUGAUUGAAUUAGAUAUUGUUGAGUUGUUGUAUUGUUGUCAGCAAGAGAUGCACUCUGAUAUUUUGUGCCGCACACAAAUGGUUCUAUUUUAAUCAUCUGAAAUACAAUUUAUAUCGUCAUGAGUAACUAAAAACUGAACUAGUGGAAGUCACGUAAUCUGAUGGUGUUUUAAUAACUUGGUUUCUGUUUGUAUUUAUGUAUUAUAUGUUUGCUAAAAAAGAUUUUACACCCUAUUGUGUUGCUCUAUCUUUUCAAAAACAGUGAGGUGGUUUUGACAUUUAACUGAAUUGCGAGAAAAUGACAUAUACAUAUUAAGAGAGAGGAAUUGGUGUAUUAGUAAAUUACAGCAGAUCUUGUGCAGCUUUGAUGGCUUCUCACCAGAGAGAACUGCAAUUAAAAAUUUCAGA